UAGCAUGUUGGCAUCACGUCACGUGACAUGUUUUUGAGCGGGAAACUUUCGACACGCGCGCGCGCGCGCGCAGCUGUUGAUCAUCGGUGUAAAUGGACAGCUCGCGUGGGUUGUCAUCCGUGCACAUCGUGACGAAGGACGGGAAAUAACACGAAGACGCACCAAAGAAAUACAUUUAAAAGAUAAACAAAACUGCGGUGCGUUCUCCGAGGUGGUGAUGGCUCGGGAGAAGGCCACGGGAAAGAUGGUGGCCAUCAAGUGCAUCCCCAAAAAGGCCCUGAAGGGGAAGGAGACCAGUCUGGAGAAUGAGAUCGCAGUGCUGAGGAAGAUAAAACAUGAGAAUAUCGUGGCUCUGGAGGACAUUUACGAGAGCUCCAAUCACCUGUACCUCAUAAUGCAGCUGGUGUCCGGGGGUGAACUCUUUGACCGCAUCGUAGAGAAGGGCUUCUACACCGAGAUGGAUGCCAGUCGCCUCAUCCGGCAAGUUUUGGAUGCCGUCAACUACCUCCACGCCAUGGGCAUCGUGCACAGGGACCUGAAGCCGGAGAAUCUCCUUUACUUCAGUCCGCACGACGAGUCCAAGAUCAUGAUCAGCGACUUCGGCCUGUCCAAGAUGGAGGGGACCGGGGACGUGAUGGCGACCGCCUGCGGGACUCCGGGAUACGUGGCACCUGAGGUGUUAGCGCAGAAGCCCUACAGUAAAGCGGUGGACUGCUGGUCCAUAGGGGUCAUCGCUUAUAUUCUGCUCUGCGGCUACCCUCCUUUCUACGACGAGAACGACUCCAAGCUCUUUGAGCAGAUCCUCAAGGCCGAUUACGAGUUUGACGCGCCCUACUGGGACGACAUUUCCGAUUCUGCCAAAGACUUCAUCAACUGUCUCAUGGAGAAAGAUCCAGAAAAGAGGUUUACAUGCAACCAGGCUCUGGAGCACCCCUGGAUCGCGGGAGACACGGCCCUCUGCAAGAACAUCCACGAAUCCGUCAGUCGCCAGAUGCGGAAGAACUUUGCCAAAAGCAAAUGGAGGCAAGCCUUCAACGCCACGGCUGUCAUCCGCCACAUGAGGCGUCUGCAGCUGGGCACCAGCUUCAACAGCAGUAUCCACGGCGGCGGCGCCUCGGCCGCCUCCAACCCCGCCAGCCGAGCGCCGGCCAAAAGUCAGUCCGUGGACUGCGCGCCACUCGGCCUCGACAACUUUCCUCCAAUCGCCCCCCUGCCCUCCGCCGUCAAGGCCUUCAAUCAGGACUCGGACGCGGCCUCCUCCGUCCUGGAGGAGCCGGCCAUGCCGCGCCCCUCCACCGUCACAGUCAUCCACACCGGGACUAAAUGACGCCAGGUGCCGCGGGAGGUGAGCUGGGAGACCACGGAGCUUUGAAGACGCAGGCAAGUGGUUGCCCAGUUUCCCCUUCCCGCUGCCUCCCGUCGGGGGAGGCGAUUUGUGGAGCCCCCUCGCGCGCCCCCGCCGCCGCCGCCGUCCUUCAGACGCGGACGAAAAAAAGAGGCGGCGAGACUACACUGAAUGUUACUCCUGAUGCGGGAAGCGCCGCGUUUUUUAAAAGGGAACUUUUCAUCCAAGCUGCUGUGGGCGUCGUCCAAUCAGAUGCUCCGAUGUAUGCCUUGUGUAAAUAGCGGGAGUCAUUGUCCGCCUGCUCGUCCUCUUCGCUCCCGAGGCCUAUUUUUUCUGUUGCGCUUUGCUGUAAAAGUGAAGCGCGACUCGGCCCGACGGAAAACACUACCCGCGUCGAGCGAAACCGAGAGAAUACACGUUUUACUUUUUCCGAUUUCGCAAACUUCGAAGGUCCUCCUUGACCACCAGACGAGUUCUCAGGGAUGUGCUCGAAAGCAAAGCAACCUGCGUAUUACUCUGACGUGCCAACGGGAUGCUCUCUUUCUGUAAAUCAGCCAUUAUUCUUGCUCUCGGCCGCUUCUCGCUGUAACUCCUGCUGGAUAACGUGUUUCCCUUUAAAACUUUGACGUGUAAAAAACGUUUCUGAAUGUCUGCAAAAGCAAAAAAAAACAAACAAAAAGCUAAAGUGUCGCGAUGAGUUGAUUGUACAGUCGUUUUGCUUUGGCGUUCAUAGCGGCCCCGCCCCCUUCGCCCUUGUUCAGGGUGCGUUCACAUUUGUUCAUUUUGCCUCGAUCAAACACACUGAUCAGUGUUUGAUUGACAGCAGCAAGAUGCAAAAAUGAGAAAUAAGUGAGAAAUAUCAGUUGGGAAGCCUAAAGUUCUAAAAGUAUAUUUUAGCAGCAUUUCAUGACAUUCAAGCUGGUACCGUUAAAUAAAACAGAUUUUUUUUAAAAUAAUGACCAUUUCCUACUUGUAUUUGAAUAAACAUGAAUAAAAAAUACCAAUAUGAACAAACUUUUAAACGAAAUACAAUUGGCGAGUGUGAACGCAGCCCUAAUGAGGGGGUCAGGACAGCCAUGUGGAGUUUAAAGGGGAACUGCACAUGUUUUUUUUAUUUUAUUUUGCCCAUUUGUUCACAAGACAGAUGUUUUUGUAAAUAAAAGUCCGCUUACAAUGGAGUCAAGGGAUGGCC